GAAGAUGGUCGCUCGAUUCAAAGUAAAAGAAUAGAAAAGAAGAAAGAGAACAGAAGAUAGCUAAUAGUCUAUAUGUCGGCAUACGAGGAGUCACAGUCAUUUAUUCACUCAUCCUUAUUUGACCGAUUAUCAGUAACAAAAACACAUCUUCAAUCACACACGUGCCUAUGGACACAGUAUACUAUUUCGUCCCGCCGCGAGUUUUAAUUAGCUUCGCGAGCCUCACAAGAUACUUUUUCAAAAAAAUACGAUUUUAUCGAGAUCGCGCGGCGGCAACGCGACUUUAAUUGGGAUUUAUUCGUGAUGAUAUCCGAUAUUAUUUUGUAUCAUUAGAUAGUGAAGGACAAAAUGGAAUUAGUGCUACAGUCGAUCAAAUAAAAGAAGCAUUUUCAAGCAUUUAUGAUAAGUUAUCCACUGUAACUCAUGCAUCCAGUGUUUAUCGUGGGGAAGCGCUGCCUGUGCCAGUCUGUAUUCCUGGAAAAUGGGAGCAAGAAGAUGCAUUGGCUUUAGGAAAUUUCUAUAAAUUUUCAUUGCACAAUAAUCGUACACACAUGAUGCAAAACGUAUCAAUUUCAAAUUUAAUUGAUACUACUAUGGCAAACAUUGACUGGUCCCAAUCUCAUGAAGAUAUCAAGAAAAACAUAUCAAAUGAUUUAAGAUCUCGACUCUUUUCAAUCAGGGAAGAUGAACAAAAUGAAUUGAUUAAGUGUCAAACUCAUUUAAUAGGUAGUAUGAAGAAGAUUAACGUGAUAGAAGAAAGUCAACGUCGACUCAUUAUGUCUUAUAAUGGUUCGAUUCAUGCCGGUACAUUUGCCUUCGCACGUGCGCUGAUUGAAGGGCGGUUAAUACAAGUGGAGCAAGACCUGUAUUAUUCUUUCGAAGCAUUACGGGGAUAUUAUACGGCGGAUUCUAUGACAUUGGAUCAACCUUCGAAUGAUUCGAAAAUAUUUCUUCGUCAACUUCAACAAUCAGAUCUAUACUACAGAGCUGAUAUGCAACGAGGUAUUCUGUCUUUGCAACAUUUAAUUGAGUUAUCGGAUAGAAGAGGGGAAAAGAAGAAAAAUGUGUUAUUGGGAUUUAUUCGUGAUGAUAUCCGAUAUUAUUUUGUAUCAUUAGAUAGUGAAGGACAAAAUGGAAUUAGUGCUACAGUCGAUCAAAUAAAAGAAGCAUUUUCAAGCAUUUAUGAUAAGUUAUCCACUGUAACUCAUGCAUCCAGUGUUUAUCGUGGGGAAGCGCUGCCUGUGCCAGUCUGUAUUCCUGGAAAAUGGGAGCAAGAAGAUGCAUUGGCUUUAGGAAAUUUCUAUAAAUUUUCGUUUCCUCAAGUUAAAUAUCAAUUGGUUUACUCAUUGACAUUGACACCACCAGCGAGUGAAUAG